AUGGCUCACACCAUCUACAAAACCCUCGCAGUCGCUUUUCUGAUUGCAUCUUUCGCUUCACAGUCACUCGCUGGAUUUAUGGGCGGAGCUUCAACCUUCGCACCUGCUGGCGGCGCGAUCAUCAAGGCAUGGAACAAGGCCAAGCCCGGCUUUUCCCAGGACGUCGUUGCAUACGACUCCGUGGGAUCCGGUUCCGGAAUCACCGGCUUCAACAGCGGCACCUACCUCAUUGCCGUCUCCGAUGACCCCAUGACCGCCACCCAAGAGGGCGGCGUCCCGGCCGGCGGCAAGAUCACCGUGCCGCUCUGCGUCUCCACCUUCAGUUUCUUCGUCAACGGAAAGCCCGGCAUCGUUCUGACGGCCACCCAGACGUUCCAGAUCUACAGCGGCGCUAUCACUGCAUGGUCCGCCGUUCCCGGCGCGGUGGGCAAGGUCGCGGGCGCCAUCACCCCCGUGGCGCGCAGCGACAAGUCCGGAACGACCGCCAUUGUCAAGACUAUGUGGUCCAAGGCAGUGUCGGGGUACAGCGGCGGCACGGACGGCACGGCCAUGACUUACGGCGGCCUCACCAAGGUGGAGGGCACGAGCGCCGUGUGCGCCGCCGUGCUGAAUACCAGGGGCGCUAUUGGCUACGCGUUCACCGGCGGCUGCAUCGUCGUGCCAUUCAACGCUAGGAAGCCCAACAACCCGAAGCGCGUGAUCGCCUCGCUCAAAAACGCCGCCAACGUAGCCGUUGCACCCCCGUCAUGGAAUGCUGGCGCUGCGCUCACCGGCUCGCCUCCCGCUGCCGAUGGGUCGUGGGCGAGCGUGGACUUCAUCUGGAAGGCCGGAGCCAAGACCCCUCCAAUGGUUUCCAUGGAGUAUGGGUUCAUCCGCAAGUCGCUCACGGGCGUGUCUGGCGGGAAAAUCGCCAAGGCGUUCAUGCAGUUCAUGAUUGGAAAGCUGAAGAACGGUGGGUAUGGGUUUAAUGCGGUGCCUCCUGCUUGGAAGAACCCGUCCAUUGCCAUGGUGAAUGCCAUUGCUGCGUAG